UGUCCUCAUAAUAGACACAGUUUGUAGACCCGAAACAGAUAACUUUCGUUUCAAUAUGUCGUCUGAACCUUUCUGCGAGCCAUGUACAAGUGACAACAAGCAAAGUCCUGCUGAAAAAUGGUGUGUAGAAUGUGACGAAGCAUUGUGUUCUCAGUGUUCAAAGCAUCACAGGCUGUCAAAAGCUACUAAAACUCACCACAUAAUGGAUUUUACUCAGAAAUCAUCGUGCCCAUGUGACAUUACAAGUCUAGAAUGUGUCAAACACCCGGGAAAGCAACUGGAGUACUUUUGUACAGAUCAUGAUGUCAUCUGCUGCCGUGACUGUCUCGCGAAGACACACAAAUCAUGUAACAAAACUGUGUCAUUAGAAACUGCAGCAGAGCAUGUGAAACAGUCAGAAGUGUAUACUGACUGCAAAGAAAGAUUGCGUGCUUAUUUAAAAUCAAUAGAUAGCAUUUUGAAAAACAGAGAUAAAAACUUGAAUGACCUACAGACAACAGGAAAGACAAUAAUGACUGAAAUAAAAAGCAUAAAAGAAAAACUUCUUCAACGCAUCAAUGAAAUUGAAAAAACCAUUAUUAGAAACAUAAACAGGAUUAUCGAAGAUGAGUCUGCAUGCCUUAAGAGCGAACAUGAUAAAGUUCUUAAUAUGCGACAAACAGCUGAAUUGUAUCAAAAAGACAUUUCUUUUGUAACAGAAAAAGUCCCUGAAAAACAUUCCUUUAUUUUCAUCCGAAAAAUGAGUGAUAAUAUUUUACAAAUAGAAGAAGACUUACAGAACAGACAACAGAAAUUUAAAGAUGUAAGGCUGGAAUUUCGAGAAUCCGAUGAACUAUCAAAAAUAGAAUCGUUUGGAAAUGUGGCAGUAAAACAAGAACUUUCAUCUUUAUCGUAUCAUUCACCAAAACAACGCCAGGCCCAGACCCUGUCAGUACAAACAACAUGUCAGACUUUAGAGCUGCAAAGUAAAAUUGAUGUUUCCGGUAAAACCAUCACGGGAAUGGCUAUUACUGAUGACAACAUUUUACUUUUAUGUGAUUAUGGAUGCUAUGAAGUACUCGUGUACAAUGAAACGAACCAGUACAUAAGAUCAGUGCAGAUGUCGUCUUCACCUUGGGAUAUCACAGUCAUACGAAACAAACCAACAGCUGUUGUCACCUUCGGUACAAGAAACAUUCAGUUUAUAGAUUUAAAAAGGCUAUCACCUGGUAAACAAAUAACAAUAACUACAAAUAACGCAAAACUACUCGGUAUAACAUCCACCUCAGAUAAUAUCAUGGUUGGUGGAACAGGACUGAUUUACAUUCUAGAUAUUGAAGGAAACAUGCUAAGUGGUGUCAAUUUCAAAAACGAAACUUUAAAUUAUAUCCAUUAUCUAGAAACCAGGAAGCAGUUUUAUUGUACAGAUUGGGGUAAUGCAAGUUGCAUUAAGAAAGAUGGGACACAAGCUUUUUCAUGCAGUAUCAAAGACGAAGAAAAUCACAGAACCAUAACAACCGACCAACACGACAAUGUAUACAUAGUCGGACGAUACACUAGAAAAAUUCAGAGAUUACACCCUGAUGGUACACCUGACCGAGUCAUACUGACUAAGGACUGUUGUAUUAAUGAACCUCUGGCGUUAUGCUUUAACAAAACGUAUGACAAACUUUACAUAUCGAAUUUCGGCUGUCGAGAAAUACUCGUCUUCAACUGUAGAUAAUAUUUAAACGUUGUGUAUGGUUAUAGGUUAUCAAAGUUAUACGAAGCGAAGCAAUGAAUGAUGUUUUUAAUUUGAUAGAUGCUUUUGUGCUUUUUUGUAAAUGAUUGUUUGUUUUUGAGAUUGUAACACAGUGAUGACUGCUGUACCCAUAUUUUGACUAUUUUAUUUAUUAUAAACAAGAAAACAUGUCUGUUUUGAUCACGCAUCGUUGUAAAUAUAACGGAAUUUGAUGAGACUGUCGUACAAGUGAGAGGUUUAGCGCUAUAAAACCAGGUUCAAUCCACCAUUUUCUACAUUUGAAAAUGCCUGUACCAAGUCAGGAAUAUGACAGUUGUUGUCCAUUCGUUUGAUGUGUUAUGUCAUUUGAUUUUGCCAUGUGAUUAGGGACUUUCCGAUUGAAUUUUCCUCGGAGUUCAGUAUUUUUGUGAUUUUACUUUUUACAUAGUGUAUUAUAUAAACAUUGUAAGUGUAUGAAUAAAAUUGGAAGAACACA